ACACUGGGCCAACAGCUGAUUCUGGGGGGAAGGGGCGGCGCUGGGGCUGGUUGGUGGUGGCCCCCCUUUCUGAUUUCAGUGCAAUUGCGAGAGCGGAGCUGUUUACUUGGCUCAAAUAGGUGAAGUGAGGUGCUGCUUCAAUUAGCGUAAUCCCCCCCCCUACAUAAUUCGAGUGCAAGUGACCGACCAAAGAGCAACGCUCGGAGCCCCAACAAAGGCUUCCAACCUCCACUUGUCCGGCGACUUUCCCUGGAGGCAGAGACGAGACUUCGCGGCGACGCAGGAAUCGUUUUAAAUAACAAAAAAACAAGAGCCCCCCACCUCACCCACAAGGGCUCCGGACUCCGGAGCGGGAGUCAUGCGGGUGGCGAGACAAUAAAGGCUCGUAAACUGGGAUAAAGAAAGAAAGAGCUCUUUGUGCAUCUCGGGCAUCAGUUUCAAUCGAAGUAUUCGGAGAUCCACAUCGCGCCAUGGCCGAGGACGAGGAGCUGAUGAACAAGUACGGCAAGCCGCUCCGAUAUGACCGGAAUUUCCAGGGACCCCGCCAGAAGAACCGGAGCUGCACGGACGUGCCCUGUCUCUUGGUAUUCGUUCUCUUUCUGACUGGCUGGGGCUUCAUCGCCCGCUACGCCUUCAAGAACGGGGAUCUCAACCAGAUAAUGUCGCCCACGGACUCGCUGAACCGGAAGUGCGGGCUCGAUUCCGGCGUGCUGGGCAAGAGCAACUUGUUUUUCUUCGACCUGUCCAAGUGCAUCAAUCCAAGCGUGCCACUCACCGGUUGUCCCACGCCUCAGGUGUGCGUUAGGACCUGUCCCAGCGAGGACUUCAUGUGGGAUGAGAUGCAGAACCGAUUUGGCUUCGAGGAGCUUCGCAGUCGCCUCAUCUGUCAGUCGGAGGAGCAGAAGCUGGCGUUGAGGAACAAGAACGACAUCGAAAGGGCCAUCAAGAACGACUUGUGUGCGCGGUCGUACAUGAAGAGCGAGCCCCUGUUCAACCGCUGCCUCUCCGGGUUCCCCUCAGCGGGCUGCAUCUCGCGAAAGUUCGGUCGGCUGCCCCGCGAUGUCUAUACUUGGCCGGGAAAUGCCAGUGCACUGGUACGGAGCCCCCAGGAGCAGGAGGAGUGCCUCAAGCCGGAAGACGUCAUCAAGGAGAAGAUGAACCAGGCGAACGAUCUGCUGUCGCAGCUGGUGGGCAAUUUCAUGUCCAUCUUCUACAAUGACACGCAAGAUGCUCAGCGCUUGGGCGAGGAGAUUGGCGAGGAUCUGAUCAACUCCAUGAACGUUAUAUUGUGGGCCUGCGUCUGCACCCUGAUUGCCUCCCUCAUCUUCAUUGCGCUGAUGCGGUGGCUCUCGGGUCCGAUCAUGUGGUUCUCGAUAUUUGGCGUGUUGGUCGGCCUCCUGGUCGGCCUCUAUUACAGCGUGAAGGAGUACAUGUUUUGGCAGAGGGCCGCCACCGGAGCCAUCCACGGCCCUAACCUAUACGCCACGGUGCAAAGCAUUCUCCAGAAUCCGAAGACCUGGCUCUACCUUUCGAUCUUCAUUGGAGUGUGUUUCGUGGUCAUCCUGCUGCUGGUGAUCGUGCUGAGGAAGCGCAUCCGAAUCGCCAUCGCCUUGACGAAGGAGGGCAGCAAAGCGGUGAGCAGCGUCUACAGCACAGUCUUCUUCCCCGUCUUCUCCUGGGUGCUUUUCAUCGCGGCCAUUGUCUUCGCCGUGGGAGUGGGCCUGUAUCUGGGCUCCAUCGGGGAUCCGACCUUCCGCAUGGUGCGCCAGCUGACGGCCAAGGGGGAGGCCACCAAUGAGCCGUGCAAGUGCGAAGGACCCGCCUUUAAUUACACGGUGGGAGAAGCGUGCACGCCACAGAUCUUCGAGCAGUACUGCUACAACGAACUGAGUCGGAAACCGUGCACCCAGACCACGUGCAGUUUCGUGAACAUUAACAAUCCGACCAAUAUCGAAUGGGCCAUCGUUUACAACGUUUUUGGCUUCCUGUGGCUGACCUUCUUCAUCUCGGGCUUCAGCUACAUGGUGUUGGCCUCCACCUUUGCCCGCUGGUACUGGACGUUCAAGAAACGGGACGUCCCCUUCUUCACCCUCACCGGAGCCUUCUGCCAGACGGCCUUCUAUCACCUGGGCACCGUCGCAUUCGGCUCCCUCAUUCUGGCCAUCUGCCGGAUGAUCCGCCUGGUCCUCGAGUACAUCGACCAGAAGCUGAAGAAAUACGACAACGCAGUCACCAGAGCCAUCCUCUGCUGCAUGCGCUGCUUCUUCUGGCUGCUGGAGAACUUCCUGAAGUUCCUCAACCGGAACGCCUACAUCAUGUGCGCCAUUCACGGCAACAACUUCUGCAGCAGCGCCAAGGAUGCCUUCAACUUGAUAAUGCGCAACUUCCUCCGCGUCAUCACUCUGGACAAGGUCACAGAUUUCCUGUUCUUCUUGUCCAAGUUGCUGAUUACCGCCGGAGCGGGAGCAUCGACCUACUACUUCCUCGUCCAUUAUCCGCCCCAGAAUCCACUCCAUUACAACGCGGUGCCGACCACGGUGGUGGUCAUUGCCUCCUUCCUCAUAACGAGCGUGUUCUUCAGUGUCUACUCGACGGCGGUGGACACCCUGUUCCUCUGCUUCCUGGAGGACUGCGAGCGGAACGAUGGCUCGCAGGAGAAGCCGUACUUCAUGUCCAAGCAGCUGAUGAAGAUUCUUGGGAAGAAGAACAAGUUUCCGCCCCGCCAGCAGCGCGGAAAGUAGAUUAUUCCAAACCGAAACUGCAGUGCAAAUUUAAACGUAACACAGGUCGAAAAAGAUACACCUAUAACAUGUAUAAACUUAUUUUAUGUAUCCACCUCCCCGAUAUAGAACGGGUUGUGAGCCGUUGCUCAAGUCGCAGGCUGCAAGAGGGUUUGCAUGAAAUGCGAACCACUUUGCCACUACUCUUAAUCUCUAAUGUUAAUGCUAUUGUAUAUAAUACGCAAAGAUCUAUUCAAAUAUGAAAGGAGUGAAGGCUACAAUGGAGAUGUGAUAGGCGCUGACCAUUAAGACCAAAAGCAAUACAAUACAAACGCGAUUUAUGUAUGCAGGAACACAAAGUACAUAUCCCACAUUCAUACUUCUUAGUUUACGAAUUGAACUAAAUCACGUUACUUUCAGUUACAUUAUUAUUUCGAAUUUAAUAAAAGUGAAUUCCACAAAUACCAUCCUC